AUGUAUGGUAAUGCAGGUGGGUAGGUAGGAGAUGAGGUAUGCUAGUAGGUAGAUGAGAUGCAGGUAUGCUAGGUGGGUAGAUAUGAUGCAUGAUGUAGGGGUAGAUAGAGAUGCUGGUAUGCUAGUUGGGAUAAGAUAGGUAUGCUAGGUGGGUAUGAUGAUAAUGUAUGGUAUGCUAGGUGGUAGAUUCAGGUGUGGUAUGUGUAUGGGUAUGUAGGUGUGGUAUUAAUGGUAAUAGAGAUGUAUGGGUAGUAGGGGUAGAUAGAGUGUAUGGUAUGCUAGGUGGGUAGAUAGAGAUGAUGGUAUGCUAGGUGGGAUGAGAUCAUGUAUGCUAGUUGGUAAUAGAAUUAUGGUAUGCUAGUGGGUAGAUAGAGAUGUCAUGGUAUGCUAGGUGGGUAGAUAGAAUGUUUGGUAUGCUAGGUGGGUAGAUAGAGAUGCAUGGUAUGCUAGGUGGGUAGAUAGUGAUGCAUGGUAUGCUAGGUGGGUAGAUAGAGAUGUUGGUAUGUAGUUGGGUAGAUAAAGAUGUAAGGUGGUAGGUGGAGAUUAGAGUAUGGAUGGGUAGGUGCAGGUUAUUAAUGUAUGGGUAAUAGAGUGCUGGUAAUGCAGUCAUGGUAUAUAGUGUAUUAGUAGAGUGUGUGGUAUGUAUGGUAGGUGGUAGAUAGAUAUGGUAUGCUAGGUGGGUAGAUAUGAUGGUAUGAAGCAGGUGGUAGGGUAUGGUGGGUAGAUGGAGAUGAAUAUGUAUGCUAGGUGGGUAGGAUGUGGAAUGUAAGCAUGUGGUAGUCUAGGUGGAUAAAUAGAGAUGUAUAGGAAUGGGUAGGUGGUAGUAGGAUGUAGAUUAUGGUAUUCUAGGUGGGUAAUAGAGUUGAUGGGUAUGCUAGUGUGGGUAGAUAGGAUUAUGGUAUUGCUACGGGGGUAAUGGUAGAUAGGUGGGUAUGCUAGGGGUGAUAGGAUGCAUGGUAUGGCUAGUGGUAGCAGAAAUGUUUGGUAUGCUAGGUGGGUAGAUAGGUAUGCAAGGCUGCUAGUGUGUAGAUAGAGAUUUAUGGUAUGUAGGGGUAGAUAGAGAUGUAUGUAUGCUAGGUGGUAGAGAGAUAGGUAUGCUAGUGGGUAUUAUGUGUCGUUUAUGCUUGGGUAGACAGAGGGGUAAAUGGUAUCUAGGUGGGUAUAGAGGUGUAUGGCAUGCUAGGUGGGUAGAUAGAGGUGUAUGGUAUGCUAGGUGGGUAGAUAGAGGUGUAUGGUCAAGGCCUUGCUGCUUCAGGAAGGAAGGGGGGAAGAGGGGAGAAAAAAAGAAAAGGAAAGGUUUUUGUCAGUCCUUUAUCCUUUAUCUUCCCUUUUUAGUGCACUACUUUUGUCAAGGGCUCAUCGGGCCAAAAGUAGUGCACUGUAUAGGGGAUAGGGUGCGAUUUGGGACACAGACCCUGGAGUGGCCAUAGGGGGAGCGGGGGAGGGGGGGAGGGGGGAUAAAUAGAUUAUAAAAAGCUAUUGACAUUUCCCUGAAGCAAGAGAGGGAGAGGAGGGGGUUGUUGUGUAUGGUCCCACCCCUCAUGUUUUAUUUAUCUGUAAUCACAACUGAUUGUGAGAUAAAUUAAUCAAUAACAACACUGAAGGGAUUUGUUGGUUAACACGUUACUUCCCCCUCCAUACCUCCCUUACCCUCUCCCUCCCUCUCUCCCUCACCUUCUCCCUUCCGCUUCUACCCCCUACUUUCCUACAACCCUCCGCCUUCUCCUCACCCCUCCUUCAUUUCCUACAACCCUACACCCCUUCUCCUCACCCCCUCCUUCAUUUCCUACCACCAUCCACCCCUUCUCCUCACCCCCUCCUUAAUUUCCUACCACCAUCCACCCCUUCUCCUCACCCCCUCCUUCAUUUCCUACCACCAUCCACCCCUUCUCCUCACCCACUCCUUCAUUUCCUACCACCAUCCACCCCUUCUCCUCACCCACUCCUUCAUUUCCUACCACCAUCCACCCCUUCUCCUCACCCACUCCUUCAUUUCCUACCACCAUCCACCCAUUCUCCUCACCAGGCCUGUUGUUGUUUGUAUUCUCCCACACGGAGGACUCGAGGUGAGGGGGUAUUUUUACGUCCCUGCCGCGGCGCUUGGAGGAGCUCCAUAUGGCCGGGAUCAAAGGUGUUGCUGGGUGCACGGUUCUGCUUGGUUGGCAGCCACCGACAUUAAUUAGAAAACAAGAUCAGAGGCGGUAUGAAAAUCCAAUUAAGGUCCUAUGAACAGAUUGCCAAGUGAUGUUCACUAAUGCAUUGCUGAGCACCAUGCAAAUUUUAGUGGCAGCACAUUUGGCUUUAUGUGUGUGUGUCGGUGUGGGUGUGUGUGCAGCUGGGAGAGGGAGUGUGUUUGUCACCGACAGGGAUACCUCUGGCAGAUUGUGACAUUGCCUGAUGUUUUCUAAUAUGUGGCAAAUUACUUAUCUUAUAAAAAUCUACCGACAAUCAGUAAGCUUAAAGUUUUGAAUAAGACGCUAUAGUAUCGUUCUACAAUCUGAAGCAUAAUUGGCCAUGUAGAAUAAAUGGAUCACUCGGUCAUAAUGAAGCUCAGUUAAAUGUCCCAUGUAUGAGGGAUGAACCAACCUGAAAUCAAUUAGGUCAGAUGCCUUGCAAGAUAAUUAUCCAAGAGCACACAUCUGGGAUUUAAUUUCAUCAGCCGUAAAACAAAAAUCAAGUCCAUUGAUCACAAUAGCACAUGAGAUAGGUGGGAGACAAAAAAAAAUAUCAACGUGUCUUAGAGUCAGUCAGUUAGAAUCAGAAAGCAUGGAACGUAUAAGGUACCAAUAGAAACCAAUAACAUGAAUAUUUCCUAUUUGGCACGAGGUCUACUUUACUAGAACAGACAAGACAUCUGAUGGGGAGCAUGAAAAGUGUCUGCAGCUGGUGUCCUGUGGCCUGAGACCGCUGUGUUGGCUCUGACAGAGCUGUUCACGUGUUGAGAGGAACACCAUUACGCUGCAUAAAGGAGAAGCUGAUUAGGAAGUCCGGGAAUGAGGCUCAAGUGCCGGAAAUUGCCACAAUGUAGAGACAACUAUGCAAUCUUGGGCAUGAUCUCUGCUCUGUAAGGGGCUUUAGUCAAAUCUCAGCGCCUGGAUUUAGUAGAUAACGAGAAUGGUUGUUGAUGCUAAAAACAAUGGAAUCUGACAGACUACUACGCCUUUUCAAAUUGUGUCCAGAAGUAAAACGCGAAUCUAUUCUCAAAGAAAAAUACAUUGAUAUUGUACAGACUGAAUGUUGAAGCUACCGUGAAGGACUAAACCACAGUUAGAUAAAUGGAUAAACCAACCAACCCAGACAAGAUACAUUUAGAUCAAGUAGUUUAUUAGAUGUGGUGGAACACCACCAGACAGCAGGAUCCAGGUUAGUGCAGAUAACUGACCACCUUAGGAAGAGGAGGAAAGGGUUUUAAUGAACCUGUAUCAACACAGAGAAAUCAAAUGCAGAAACUUUACCAGGUCAGCGUCGUCUUACUGGUCACUGCUGGUCCUGUCAGAAAAUAGUGGUUGGUAUUGGAUGGGAGCAGGAUGGUACCUCACGAAAUUGGCUGAUCUCCAUUGGUCGUUCCUGUGCUCAUGGUCAGAAUUGAAAUGGGUGAUGGUGCAGGAAUUUCCUUACUCAACCCUACACCCUGACAUCUAAUUUCUUUCAGAUCCACACAAGGGCAAAAGGGUUAGGGACAAUGGUUGGUGUGGAAUUGGGCCUCAAUUAACUUUGGCUGUCCGUCGUUGUCUAAUCAGGCUCUGAUUGGUCCUAAACUGUCCUUUACAACAUAUAAAUACAGUCUCUCCUCCUCACUACACCUUUCCCCACUGUUCAAUGGGUAUCAUGGCUGCUAAUCUGUGCUCAAGGUAAGACAGGUGUAAGGUGAAUAUUUGUGUUCUUCACUUCUGUAAUUUAAUAGUUGUUUAUUUUGUGUUUCCCAGGGGGCUCCUGGUUUUGUGUUUCCCAGGGGGCUCCUGGUUUUGUGUUUCCCAGGGGGCUCCUGGUUUUGUGUUUCCCAGGGGGCUCCUGGUUUUGUGUUUCCCAGGGGGCUCCUGGUUUUGUGUUUCCCAGGGGGCUCCUGGUUUUGUGUUUCCCAGGGGGCUCCUGGUUUUGUGUUUCCCAGGGGGCUCCUGGUUUUGUGUUUCCCAGGGGGCUCCUGGUUUUGUGUUUCCCAGGGGGCUCCUGGUUUUGUGUUUCCCAGGGGGCUCCUGGUUUUGCUGAUUUGCGGUGUUCAUUGCUAUCCUUAUCAACAAGGUAAGAUCACCACUGCAGUGUUGUGUUUCAUAAUGUGUUGGACAUUUUUUCCACUAGAGAACCUUUUGGUGGGAUUUUGCUAGGCAUUUUCUUAUUUUUUUAUCUGAAGGUAAUGGUACUCAAUGUUUGCUCAUCCUACAGGAUGGGCUCAUUCCACCCAAGACCUACAACAUAUGAUGCUCCACUUGUCAAACCCAGCUAGUUUGACCCCCUUAACACGUGAUCCCAUUAGCUCCAGUCCUGGCUCAAGCCUCCCUGGUCCUGUUGAGUCUGGGAAGCCUGUUGAAGGUGGUCCCAGUUUUCAGAGUUCUGCUCCAGACCCCUAUAAAUCUGCCCAGACUGCUGCUUCCCCUUACGUCAUUCCUCAGGCUCCUGAAACGACUGGAUGUGUUCCUGCUGAAACAUCUUACCCUAGUCUUUCCACAACCUCCCCUGUGUGAGUUCCUACCACCUCCCCCAAGAAAGUUCCAGGCAGGAGAGCUCUCUCACUUUGCGAGCAUCUAUGAGCAUGGCAGCAGUCAGAGUGAGCCAGCAGACCAAUGGUUCCCCCCCAACCUCUUCCUGAAGAGGCAGGCUCUAUUCCAGACCCUGCUAAAGUAGCCCAACCCCCUACCCAGCUUUGUUAGACCAGAGCCUAGCCAGGAAGGAUUUACGGCUAAAUAUGAUGAGCUGUUUGUCACUGGGGCCUUCCCUGCUGACACCACCGACCAUGAGCACGGGAACGACCAAUGGAGAUCAGCCAAUUUAGUCCAAUACCUACCACUAUUUACUGUCAGUGACCAACAGGUUCAGGAAGAAAUGCCACAGCCCAAAGGGCCAGUGCCCAACACUGAAGAGCCUGAACCUGGUGACAUCCAGGACCAAGGUGAAGUGGAACCUAGCUCUACAAAGGGUCAGGUUCGCUCCAAGCAGUUCCAGGGGGGUUCAGACCCUCUGACCAUUGAAAUGACUCCCUUCCAGGAUGAACAAAACAAGUAA